CACUAAAAUUAGUUAUUGGAAUCUUGUAGACAUAUUCUACGAAAAGUAUGCGAUAAGCGAUAAGGUGUGCGGGCCCUCUCUUUGGUAAUCGCGUGUGCGGCCUUACAGAAACUUGUUCGUUAAGGAAAUAUCGCAUCAGGGAUAAAAUUUUAUGCUUCCAGCCAUGCCGAUUUCCGAGACUCAGGUAAUGGGACUUCGGGAUUUACUGGUAAAUGAGAGGAACUCAACGGUCCUCCUGCAGAUGGUCAAAGGCAUCACAAAAAAUGUGUGCAAAACAGAGGAUCCAGAAGAAGCCCUUCGAGUGCUCACUGCACAUAUUCCGGACAUUUAUAUAUUUCUUUCUAAGCGUGCUAUUACCAGAGAACUUCUGUUUACAUAUUUGCACUGUCGCCAGCCCGAAGUAGCAACAGAUUUCAGCAAAGCGGACCUCAUGUCAAAAGUGAUUGAGUACUGGGAACAGAAUCAUGACCAGAAUUCACGACGACUCCUUUCCGGAGACCAGGCUGGCGCCUCCGAAGUCUCAAUUUCUGAGCAGAGCGAAAAAGACUACCCCAUUCACGCGAUUGCCCGUAAGUUCGGAGAGUGGUUUUUUGAGCGCUUCAAUUCAGACAGUCUAAGCCUGGUGGACUUGUGGACCGAUGCGGUACUGCAUCUCACUAUUAUAGCCAGCGAUGGGAUUAACGAGCAGGAGUGCACGACAGCUGCCGAGGUUCUGUCAGCACUUAUGAGCGCCAAGCAGCAGUUCGACUUUCACUUCAAUCCGAAUUUAACACACGCCGGGAUUCAGGGCCGGAUGGAUUCCUAUGGACAUUUCAUUGUGCUCUGCUGUGGCACCCUACACACAUGCCAGCGUUGCGUUGGUGUCUUCGAGUGCGCAUUCGGGCUGGUGCGGGAUCCCUAUGCGGGAAACAAUUGGAAGCUCAUGAAAGUGAGGUGGCUACUAAAAAGCAUCCCCUCCAUUCAAACAGCGGGAAUUCAUAAUCUGUGCUCGAGUGAGUCCUUACAAGCAGCGCUUGAACUGCCGGUGCCCACAGACUUCGAUAUUUAAAAAAAUUCA